UUUCGUAUGUUCGAGCUUUACAUCGACUCACUCCAUCAGAAGUCUCUCUUGUGUGUCCUUCGUGUAAAUUUCUUGAGUAUUAUUAUUAGAGUGCGACAAAGAACGUGAAGUAGUAUGGCAGACGUGUCAAAUUCGCUACCGCCAGAAAUAAGCGCACUCAUGGAAGAGGACUGGCGUGACGCGCGUGUGAAGAUGGAUAGUGAAGAUAGUUGCAGUUAUACGUGGCCAAUAGAUGACCUCAUCCAUUGCUGCAGAAACAUGACAGAGAUCGGGAGAGACUCACUCGCGUUCUCAGCAGGUGCCAACAAGUCGAACUGGAAAAUGAGAGUAAAUAUUUAUAAAGACUACAUGUCGCUAUCCCUCAUUCUUAAUUCGUGCAAAACUUACGAAGUCAACGCUAAGUACAAACUUUCUAUUCGUAAUGCUGAAGGAGAAGAAAUUAAUAACCAUGACGAACUGAACGUUCAAAAGUUCGUCAAGGGUCGCUCUAUAAUCAUCAACAACUUUCUUAAGAGAGACGAGAUUCUUCAGUACGCGGACACCGGACGGUUUCCAGAUAACAAACUUAUAAUAUACUGUCAGAUCAGCGUAAUAGAAGACAUUAUGGUCUUUCCCCAACAAAGUGCGCUACAUGUACCGGAGCGUCGAUUGCUCGACAAUCUCGGGCUGCUGUUCGAUGACCAAAAAUUUUGCGACGUAACGAUCGCUGUUCGCGGAAAGGAGUUCCAAGCGCACAAAAUAAUUCUCGCAGCACAAAGUCCCGUCUUCUCGGCAAUGUUCGAACACAAGAUGAAAGAAAGAGGGAAUAAUAGGGUGGACAUCACCGAUGUAGAUCCCGAAGUUUUGAGAGAAAUGGUGCGAUUUAUUUACACCGGUAAAGUCGCGAAUUUGAAGGAGAUGGCGAACGAUCUGUUAACCGCGGCGGACAAGUACGAAGUGGAAGGACUGAAGAAAAUGUGCGAGGGGGCACUUGUCAAAAAAUUGAAUCUUAAGAACGCGGCAGAAAUCUUAAUACUUGCCGAUCUCCAUGACGCUCCUCAGCUGAAAGCGCAUGUGAUGGACUUCGUUGUGACAUACGCGACGGAUGUGAUGGAUACCGAAGGUUUCGAGUCCAUGGCGAGUUCCUGUCCGCACCUGACGAAAGAAAUUUUGCAGGCGUUGGUGACUCCGGUGCAAAUAACAUCGAAAAUAUAGUAUUCCAACCGGUCACGUGACUGUUCCCCCACCAAGAUUCCGCCGGUAAGCACUCUCCGCCUGAAGUUACCCCCUCUCAUGACUGCGUUCGUCACAUCGCAUAUUCAAAAGCGAUGGGGAUCAACCGCACGGCGUGCGCGAGUUGGAAUACUCUGACUUAUUUCUAUUGAUAACAGUAAUCUUUGCAAGAUCAUUCUAAUUUUUGUUAUGAUCUUACUUUUAUGUAUGUACAAUGUAGUAAUAAUAACAACAACAAUAAUAAUAGUUGAAAAAAAUUAUUAUUAGCGUUACGCAAUCGAUGUCUUGCGUCUUAUUAUAUACAUAUACUUUUGUCAGCAGAUAAGGAAAAAUCUUUUUCUCUUUUCCUUUUGCCGUGAUAAUUAAAUACCAUUGUGCAUGGUUUAUCUUGUUUUUUGGGUUUUUAUUUCAUACUGUGAGCGAAAUGGUAGAAUCAAACACUAUUGUUAUUAAAUUUAGAGUUAUUGAAUUUAUUAGAAUUACGUGAAGUGUUUCACAUAGAUAUACAUAUGUGUUCGAUUUGAGUUAUGAUGAAAUAUUAUUUUAGAGAUGUUAUAUUUAAUUUACAAUUCGAUGUUGGUAACGGAUGAGAAGAAUGAAAAAAAAGGUGUGUCUAUUAAUAUAAAUCUUUUACUUUCUUGUAUCAAUUUACACAAUAUUUGAUCUUGAAGGCUUAAGAAAAAAUGUAAAAUUAUCUUCAAAGUUUGAAAAGUUACUUUAUAAAAGUAUCUAGUUAGAGUUAUAAUUUCAAGUUCUGAAAAGUAAUUCUGUAAAGUAACGCGUUACAGUUACGGUUACUCAGAAAGUAACGAAUCGUUACUUUGCGGUUACUUUCUUGCA